AUGAUGUUUGGUUUGGCGAUUGGCUUUGUCCUGGGCACGGCGGUCCUUGCUGCCCCGGCAUCCAAAUCUUCUCCUACGGUAACAGUGCGCAAUGGAACAUACGCGGGAGUUCACAGUACUACCUACAAUCAAGAUUUUUUCCUGGGUAUGCCCUAUGCCCAGCAACCUGUGGAUCAUUUGCGAUUUACGGUGCCGCAACCAUUAAACACAAGUUGGGAUGAUGCCCGCGAUGCAAAGGCCUACUCGGACAUAUGUGUUGGAUAUGGAACCGACUCCAUUUGGUAUCCUCAGUCGGAAGCAUGCCUGACGCUAAACGUCAUUCGAGGUUCAUCUGUCGAAAAGAAUUCGAAGCUUCCCGUUGGAGUAUGGAUCCAUGGCGGUGGAUUUUAUAUGGGCUCUGGAGCAGAUGAGCGAUACAAUAUGUCUGCCUUUGUAGAAAACUCAUAUGAUAUUGGCAAACCCGUCAUUGCUGUCACACUCAACUACAGACUGUCAGCGUGGGGCUUCAUCAGUUCAAGUCAAGUCUCCGGCAGUGGGAACACCAACCUUGGACUUAGGGAUCAAAGGCUAGCGCUGCAAUGGGUCCAAGAAAACAUCGGCGCGUUUGGUGGCGAUCCCGAGAAAGUGACUAUCUGGGGCGAGUCGGCCGGUGGCAUGUCCGUGGGAUAUCAUCUCACAGCCUACGGUGGACGUGACGACCGAUUGUUCCGCGCUGGUAUCAUGGAGUCAGGGGGAUCUAUUUCCGCCAGUGCAUCGAACUAUACCACCUUCCAAUCAGACUACGAUACGAUUGCCUCGAGGGUCGGCUGCUCCGACGUUGUAGACUCGCUCCAGUGUCUACGAGAGGUUCCUUUUGAGACGCUCAAUUCUGUUUUGAAUGGCACAGAUGGCGAUUCCGACUAUAACUUUUCCCCAGUGGUGGAUGGAGACUUGAUUCGACACUGGGGUAGUGUUCAACUGAAUCAACAUGCAUUCGUCAAAGUUCCCAUCAUCUCCGGCACCAAUACCGAUGAAGGGACAGCAUUUGGCCCUCAAGGAAUCAAUACCACGGAAGAAUGGUAUGACUACUUGACAGACGGCGGAUUCAAUUUCCAAACCCCACCAUCGGUCGCCAAGCGCAUCCUUGAGCUCUACCCAGAUGACCCCUCGCAAGGUAUCCCAGCAUAUCUCGAAGAUGCGCGUGUCCCAUCUAACGGAUAUGAAUGGCGCCGGACCUCUGCCUUUGCCGGGGACUGGACGAUGCACGCCAACCGCCGGCGUCAAUGCGAAGCCUGGGCCGAGACAUCCACGCCAGCAUAUUGCUAUCGGUUCAAUGUGCGAUCCGCCGAUGUGCCCCUUCUCUCGGGGGCCACCCAUUUCGAGGAAGUCUCCUUUGUAUUCCACAACCUCGCCGGCCUGGGAUACCACUACGGCAAGCCGUUUGCCGGGGUGCCCCAGUCAUACAUUGACCUCAGUUCAUUGAUGACGAGCAUGUGGGCCUCGUUCAUCCAUGACUUGAAUCCCAAUCCUGUUGCUGUCAAUCAGUCUGUGCAUUGGGAUGCUUACAGCACAGCCAAGCCCGUUGAUCUCCUGUUCGAUGCCAAUAGUACUAGCCACAUGGAGGCUGAUACCUGGCGCCACGCAGGGAUUGCUUACAUCAACUCUGUUGGGGCAGCCUUUUGGCGGUAG